GGAGUUCCACGACCAUGUGCACAAAGAGGUCCGUGCCAUCCGUGAUCGGUCGCCCUAUGCCCUCAAAUGCGCCGACGGUGGAGACCACUCCGUGGAAGAUGCGUCGGAGAUCGGCGACGGACUCACCCUUCAUCUUCGGAAGUGAAGUAAAUGCUGCAAGGGCGUCGUCAGUCACUACGAUGGAGGAGAACAAAUCUCGGAAGGCAGGCCAAUCUUCGAAUUUUCCUGAGAAUUCCGGCAUCUGGAUUCGGGGCAAUACGUUGCGAGAGGUCGCUUGCCCUGCCCUGCUCUUCGAGUCAUUGAGAACCUUCGGUUCCUCGAGCUUUUCCUCGUACUCCAGAAGCUUGGUUCUCUGUUGGAUGUAGGCCGUUUCGACGGUACUCAGGAAGUCCUCCGUAUUGUACUUGCUCCUAUCGAACUCCUCACCAAACUCUGCUUGCAGGCGGUCAUGCUGCGCUUGGAAUUUGGCCCACUUGCCCUCGAGGACCGACAGCGUGGAGCGAACGAGGGGAAGCGAG